GACUCAUGACGGAUGUGACUUUGCCUCUUACCACCAUGACCAAACACCGUCUCUCACCUGCACCUCUGCCGCCGUCCAAGUGUCUCCGCGGUAUAAAUUCUGAAAAUUCAUAUCCCUCUUCGAAGCCCAGGCUGACAUUCGAAACUGCCCUAUACGACGAACUCAUUCUCUGCAUCUUUUCCCAUCUUUCCUGGGUCGAUCUUUGCGCUACCCAGUCCACCAGCAGAACUUGGUGCAGACUUGCCGCAGACAAUGAGUUAUGGAGGAUUCUCUACCUCCGCGUCUAUGGCCGUCCACGUCUGCGCGGCGCCAGGGGCUUUAUCGGCAGGGCUGACGGUCGCGAAGUCAGAUCUUUGCCCGGUCGAGCCAAGAUAGACGACCUGAAGGACUGGAAAUGGAUGUUUCGCAUAAGCUCCAACUGGCGAACAGGCCGGUGUUUAGUGGAGCAGUUUAGCGACAUUCCUGUCCUUCCCUCCUCAUCUCACUUGGAGGCCAACUAUUCUCAUGACGAGCGGACACAUAUACUAUUGGCAGGGCCUCUGACCAUCAUUGCAUCGUCACGAGAGUCUCUGACCCCAGAAAUUCACCUCAGAGCAGCUUCAGGUGUCACUCACACCUUGUUCUGCAGAUCCUCUCGUAGCAGCGUACCGAACAGAAUUACGGCACUCUGUCUGGACCAAUCAUCUCCCUUGUCAGGUCGGGUGCAUCUUGCUGCUUUUCUCUCGACUGGAGAAUUCACAAUAUACCAUAUUCACCCCACACAUCUUGUUGGAUCAGUAACCAAGCUAACCUAUGUCCCUGCUACACGUACGACGCGGACUUGCCCAAUUAUCCAAGCUGUGUACCACCAUCCACUACUCAUCUCCCUAUCACAAGAUUUUUCUCUUUCCAUCUAUGACCUUUCGAAUGAUACCGUAAUCCAUACUCAGACGCUCACGUCGUUCACUUCCUUUCCACCUACGUCUCUGGUUUUAUCUACCCCCUCACCGUCAACAUAUAAGCUGGUCAUGGCUUAUGCCAUACCAGUAUACCCGGCUCAUUGGUCUGUUGGCGCCACAGAAGUCGUCAUCUCGGGACACAGAUAUUCGACGUCUGAUAUCUCACGUUCAUCGGCUCUGGCCCUUGAUACCGAGCCUAUGACAGUUGUGUCUACGCGAACGACUCGGUCGUUUGAUAUACCCUCAGGAUGGAUCGACGAGCGUAAACUUCGCUCCAUCCGGGAGCAAUGGAGCCGGAAGGUAUCAUCUAUAGCAGAUACACAGACUGAUGGUAAAUGGGUAGUCCUGGCUCCUGCUGAUGGCGUCUCAGACUUAUCACCUAACAACCACCCGUUCACUGCUGCUCCUCACAUUGCGUCUCCCAUGCACUCACCUACAACUCUGCAAUUAUAUCGCUUAUCACUACCUUCGAUGUCUUCAGUCGCAUCCAGCCCGCCAAAGUUGACGUUCGCGCGGAAUCUGCAUGGACAAAUAGGCCCAGUGUCGUCUUUAGCUCUGGCUGAUGGUAGAUGUGUCAGCCUUGGUUUGAAUGGCAGUGUGUGGGUCUGGGAUUUAGAGGCGGACACUAGUGCAAAAGUAUGUGAUCCAGAAUCGUCGCCACCAGAGUGUGGCAAGAGAACGUUAGUAUUUGAUGAACGAAGGGUGGUUACUUCUGGUCCUGACGGGAUCAUUGUUCGAAGAUUUGACGUGUAAAUGCAACACUUCUCCUCUUAACUAACCAUUCAAAUUUUGUUGCAUACCUAUCUCUUUUUAUAUAUAAGUAUCUGUUGUAUUAGAUCUAUCACUUAUUUGAAUAAAGGAUCCGCGGCUCGCACACGGCC